CGCACUUGUUCGAUUUGUCUAGUUUAAACCUCGAAUAUGAUCAACGAAAUUGCUGUUGCUGCCAAGUUUCUUGCUACACUUGCUCCUGCUGGUCACCAGGAAGCGUUCAGAAUUGCUCUUUGCUCUGCGCUUGCUGAACGACUGUCUGGUCAUUGGUAUCCAGAAACUCCUAAUAGAGGGUCUGGCUAUAGGGCAGUCACUGUAUAUUCAAACACUCCCGACUCUCUUUUACGCUCGGCCGCCUCGGCUGCUGGCAUUUCUCUUGCUGAAUUGGCAAAGAGUCUUCCCGCUGAGUUGUCUUUGUGGGUUGACCCUCACCAUGUUGCAUACAGGCAGGGUGAACAUGGUUAUCUGUUGCAUUUAUGGGACCCCCAAGCUCUAUACAGUGGUAAUGCUGCAAACCGUCAGCAAGCUCAGAGUCCUACUGAUAGCUCUACUAGGUCACCUCCAAAGUUUAAUGGCUCUCCCAUCACUAUCAAGCCUCCCUCGCCCAAAACAGCCCACAAAUACAAUGGUUCUUCCAAUGCUAUUGCAAAUAUCUCAUCCAUUGCUGCAGUAUCGCCUCUGAACGAUGCUGGUCUUGCUAAUGCUACUGGUUCUAACCAUAGUAUGCUCCACUAUCAUCACCAGCGCAUCGCUACCAAGGCAAAUACCAAUAAUAGCUUAUCUUCACAAACUGUACAGCAGAGCUUUUCUGCAUCCACUACGUCUACAAUUAAGCUUGCAUCGCAACAUCCCAACUCUUCUGCAGCCAGUGCCAUCACAUUGGCUGCAUAGACUGUAUCUACCACUGGCUGCCACCUCAUCUGCAAUCCCUUUACCUGACCUGCAUCUCUUAUCACCAUUGCCUUUGUUAUAGCGCCUUUUACCAAAUAGGAGUCCCUCCUAUAAUUAUCAUUCUAGAGUGAUUGGCAGUUUGGCACCAUUUGGGAUUUCUUCCCUUUUGUUACUUGGAUUCACACCUGACUUGACCUCAUUCGUUUGUGUGUACCUCUCUUUUACUAUUAUUAUUUUCGAUUAAACUUGGGAUAUCUUUUUACACU